AUGGCCAAUUAUCGUCGUUGGAUAUAUUCUGUAAAUUGCUCUAUAAUUAUCGUUGAGGUUCUUCUUGUAGCCUAUAUUGCCAAAACGAUCUCAGAAAAAUGGUGGUAUCUAAUUCCAAUCAGACUCACUAGCCCAAUUUUUAUCGUUUAUUCCGUUCUUAUCGUUGUUCAGUUUCUCACUUGUGUAUGUGGUUUAAUUGGGGUACUAGUUUCAAACAGUUAUCUACUUUCCGCUUACUGGUUAUUCAUGGUCCCAUUGCUUCUUCUUGAUGCAGUUAUGAUUGCACCUUUAGUGGAAUACAUGAGUGGUGUGCAUAGAAAUAUUGCUGAACAUAUUCAAAAUGUUACCACAGAACAGGUCAAAGCAGGUACGGCUCAGUGCAACGUAUGGAAUACCAUUCAGUCAGCUCACAACUGUUGUUCACCUCAUAUUUUACAUGGAUAUUGUCAACUUGAUGAAAAAUGGAAUAGACCGAUGUACUGUGCAUCUGUAGAAUCUGCUAACAAUUGCGUAUUUCCCAUUCUUCGGAUGAUGCAUAAAGAGACGGAUGUGAUAGGAAUACUAAUCUACUACGUAUUAGUUCCGCUAAAAUUCGUAGUUGUAUUCGUACUGAGAAAGGAUGUUAGUGAUGUAUUCACACAAAUUGUCUAUUUACGGACACGAACUCCAUACGGAUGGGAUUGGACAACCGAUGAUGAUGAUGCAGAAGUGUUAGAAGAUGUAUAUUCGAACUAUUCUACGAAACGAUCGAUAGGUCCUGAAAUUGCUGCGAUUAUGGCUCGACCACGUGUCGAAGAAAUAGAACUUUCUGAAAAUCCGAAAUAG